AUCAUCCGGACUGCCCUGCCCAACAUGGACCGGGAGACCAGGGAUCAGUAUGUGCUGGUCAUCCAGGCUAAGGACAUGGUGGGCCAGAUGGGGGGUCUCUCCGGGACCACCUCCGUCACCGUCACCCUCACGGACGUCAACGACAACCCCCCGCGCUUCACCCACAAGAACUACCAGAACACUGUGCUGGAGUCACUUCCUGUGCACUCGGUGGUGGCGCGGGUGAAGGCGGCGGAUGCAGAUGUCGGCCCCAAUGCGGAGAUGGACUACCGCCUGAUGGACGGAGACUACCUCGGGUUGUUCAACAUCUCCACUGAUGAGGAGACCCAGGAGGGGGUCAUCGUGCUGCUGAAGCCUCUGGACUUCGAGACAAAGAGCAGUUUUUCCCUUAGAAUCGAGGCGACCAACCGAAACAUCGACUCCAACUUCUUAAGCGCUGGCCCGUUUAGCGACUUGGCCGUCGUCAAGUUGACGGUGGAGGACGUUAACGAGCCACCCGUCUUCUCCACGCCGCUCCUCAAGAUGGUGGUGUCGGAGGACGCCAGGAUGGGAACAUCCAUUGGAAGAGUCUCAGCACACGAUCCUGACUCCACAAACAGCGGCAUACGUUACUCCAUCGACAGGAACACAGACCUGGAGCGGUUCUUCAACGUGGACGCCCUCAGCGGAGUCAUCAGCACGGCCAAGCCGCUGGACCGAGAGGCCAACUCCGUCCACAACCUCACACUGCUCGCCAUCGAGAGCCAGGAUCCCACCCAGAUAGGUAAAGGCAUUGCCCUGAUCACCGUGCUGGACAUCAACGACAACGCACCCGUCUUCGCCAUCGACUACGAGACCCUGCUGUGUGAGAACGCCAUGCCUGGACAGCUGAUCCAGACCAUCAGCGCGGUGGAUAAGGACGAGCCGCCCAGUGGACACCGCUUCUACUUCUCCCUGGCCUCGCCUGUGGCGGGGAACUUAAACUUCACCCUCCGCGACAACAAAGACAACACGGCGUCCAUCUUGACGAAGCGCGGCGGGUUCCGGCGGCGGGAGCAGCCCGUGUACCGCCUGCCGGUGCUCAUCGUGGACAGCGGCAGCCCGGCGCUGAGCAGCACCAACACGCUGGCGCUGCGCGUGUGCGACUGCGACGCCGACGGCGUGGCCAUGUCCUGCGGCGCCGUGGCCUACACCGCCACGGGGCUCAGCACCGGAGCGCUGCUCGCCAUCCUGGGCUGCAUCCUCACGCUGCUCAUCAUGGUGCUGCUGAUCGUGACGAUGCGCGGCCGCAGGAAGACGCCCCUGAUCCUGGAGGAGGAGCGGGACAUCAGGGAGAACAUUGUGCGCUACGACGACGAGGGGGGCGGCGAGGAGGACACGGAGGCCUUCGACAUGGUGGCCCUGCGCAACCUCAACGCCAUGCACGCCGACCUGGGCGCCGCCCUGCGCGGCGGCGGCGGCGGCGACCCCAAGGCCCGCCGCGACGUCACCCCGGACACGCCCACCUUCUUCCGCUACCCACCGCCGCAGCAGCAGGCGUCCUCCGGCGGCUCGUCCCGUCGGCCCGCCGCCUUCAAGUCGCUGCCGGACCACGUGGUGUUCCGCGAGUUCAUCUGGGACCGGCUGAAGGUGGCGGACGUGGACCCGUCGGCGCCGCCGUACGACUCGCUGCAGACCUACGCCUUCGAGGGGAGCGGCUCGGUGGCCGAGUCGCUGAGCUCGCUGGAGUCGCUGAGCUCGGACUCGGAGCACAGCUACGACUACCUCAGCAACUGGGGCCCGCGCUUCAAGAAGCUGGCCGACCUGUAUGGCAACGGAGACGCCGCCGCCGCCGCCGCCAGCAGCGUCAGCGUCUUCUCAUAG